UUUCCAUUGGUCAUAAGAAAUGAAUUCAAUUCUUAAAGUUGUUUACAAAAUUAUUUCGUUUCCUUGUCUAGUUUGUUAAUUGUCGACGUUAAUUGUUUUUCCUUUACUGUCAUGGCUUCGUUUCUUAAUAAAGUUGCUUUAAUUACAGGAGCUUCUUCUGGUAUUGGUAAAGGUGUUGCCUUACAUUUAGCAUCUCUUGGUUGCUCCUUAUCACUUUCUGGUCGUAAUCGGGAUAAUCUCAAUGAUACCCGAUUAAAAUGUCUCGAAUCAAGUAAAGGAUUAGUGAAAGAAGAUCAAAUAAUUGUCGUUGAAGGAGAUCUGAUUGAUGAGGCAAAUCGUAUUAACCUUGUUAGUAAAACUCUUGCUCAUUUUGGUAAGAUUGAUAUUUUGGUAAAUAGUGCUGGUAUCAUUGCUAAAGGAAAUGUUGAUGUUACCCCACUUGAUGUUUGGGAUAAAAUUAUGGAUGUUAACGUUAAAUCAGUUUUCCAUUUGAUGCAAUUAACGAUUCCACAUUUAAAGAAAACAAAAGGAAACAUUGUCAAUGUCUCAAGUGUUAAUGGAUUAAGAGCUUUUGCUGGAGUUGCUGCUUAUUGUGUCAGUAAAUCAGCCGUUGAUCAAUUAACCAGAAAUGCUGCAUUAGAACUUGCUGCUGAUGGAGUUAGAGUCAAUGCUGUAAAUCCUGGUGUAAUAGUCACUGAUAUCCACAAAAGAGGUGGGAUGAAUGAUCAGGAAUAUGCUGCGUUUCUUGAAAAAUCCAAAACCACUCAUCCUCUUGGACGACCUGGAACCGUUGAUGAAGUCGCUCGUGCGAUCCGAUUCUUAGCCGAUAAUCAAGAUUCAUCAUUCAUCACCGGUGUAACUUUAUCAGUUGACGGUGGACGUAAUCUUGUUUGCCCACGAUAAUUAACUAAUUGUUAAACUCUGUUAACCAAUGUUACUUUGAUAUGAUCACGAUAAUUGCGAAUCAUUUGAUUUCAAUUUCCUUCCCUGUUGCUGUUAUCCAAUUGAUUGAAAUUAAGGUUAAUUACAUAACCUGAUGGUUAAUCUUUUGUUUAAUUUUGAUUCCUACAAUUUCCCAUGGUUUAUAUGAUCAAUAAAUUACCUGGAGAGAUGAAAACAAUUAA